AUGAUCAACACAGUCGUCUUGGAUGGGACCACAUUAGAAGGCGGCGGCCAGAUCCUUCGUAUCGCCGUCUGUCUCUCAGCCAUCACCAAUAUACCUUUGAACAUUACACGGAUUCGUGGCAACCGACCCAGAGGCGGUGGACUCAAGUACCAGCACCUCACAGGUGUCAAUUGGCUGGCGAAGGCGAGCGAGGCCAACAUCGAGGGCGCAGAGAUCAAAAGCACAGGAUUGAGACUAUCGUGGGACAGGGACACUGACGAUGAACCUUUGGAUGGCCAUCGGUUUUUGUCCUUGCCCAAGAUGAUUGAUAUUGGUAGUCCUGGGAGCGUUGCCCUCGUCCUCCAGGCUAUCCUACCGUUUAUUAUCUUUGGACGCACUCUGAACGCUUCUCUGACUCGACUUCUCAAGAUGCCAGUGAUGGCGCCGAUCCACAUCACUAUCAAGGGCGGCACCAACGUCAGCUUCUCACCCUCGUUCGAAUACAUCAACAAGGUUCUCCUCCCAACAUUCUCUCGCAUUGGACUACCGCCCAUCACCGCCCGUCUCGAGUCUCGUGGCUGGAGCACAGGAGGACCUCAGAUUGGUACUGUCAUUUUCGAGAUCACCCCACUCCCAACCAAGUCAUACCUCCCAUCAUUCGAAUUGACGAAUCGUGGGACCAUCCAACAUAUUGAGGCGACAGUUCUUGGACCCAAGAUCGUUCAGGACAAGUUCCGACAUGAGGUUGCAAUCAGGUUGGCGGCCAACUUUCCGGGAGUUGCUACAACCAUCACCUUUGAGGAUAGUGGACAUCAUUCGCGACUCUACCUGCUCCUCGUGGCCAAGAGUGAGAAUGGUCACCUCCUGGGUCGGGAUUGGCUGUACGAUCGCAAGACACGCGGAGGGGAGCUGAACGGGCCUGUGGAGCAGCUUGUCAAAGAGGUCGUCCAGCAGCUGCAGAUGGAGCUUAAGCAUGGCGGGUGUGUGGAUGAGUACUUGCGAGACCAGUUAGUUAUCUUUAGCGCGUUGGCCAGAGGCAAGUGCCAUAUCGAUGCAGGACGGAAUGAGGAGGGUCAGUUGGUGGAAGGUAGUUUACAUACCAAGACUGCACAGUGGGUUGUUUCGCAGAUGUUGCCUGUGGCAUUGGGGGAGGAUGGGUCGAUUGUUGAGGGAAUAGCUUUGGAGGUAGGUAGCAGGUUCACGUCCACUGUCCGGCAUCCUUAA